CUUAAGUGGUGUUUAAAAGACAAUCCUUCACCCCACAAAGGGAAAUUGUAAGCAAUCCUCUCAACCCACAAGAAUGCUCUCAACCGCACUCCGAUCAUCAUCAUCAUCAUCUUUCUCACUCCACCCACUCAAACUCAAACUCAAACCCACUUCAUGUUCAUACUCUUCUUCUAACCAUCCACUGUGGUCUGGUCUCCAAAACUGGCGAGACAGCUCUCUCAACCACAACCGCUUCUGGGGACCCUCUGGUCCCCAACCCGAAGCCGAACCCACAAUUGACCCAAAUAACCAACAUUCACAACUGGGUUCGGUCACUUCUCUAGCAGAAAUGGGUGCUAUGGUCUUGCAAACGCCAGACCCAUUAAAAAAAUCGAAACUUUCUCAUCUUGCUUACUCUAAAUGGCGUAAGGAAAGGCUCCCAGUUGGGGUUUCUGUUCCACCUACCAGCCCUGCUCGCCCUUCAAAGCCCCAAUUGGUAUCUCCAAAAGAAAUCCCAGCUCCAAAGAACUCUGGCUUGCCUCUUAACGCGUAUAUGCUACACAAUCUUGCUCAUGUGGAGCUAAACGCAAUUGAUUUGGCAUGGGAUACCGUUGUUCGGUUUUCACCUUAUAGUGCGCUUCUUGGAGACAUGUUUUUUGCUGAUUUUGCCCGUGUGGCUGAUGAUGAGAGUCGGCAUUUUGCUUGGUGUUCUCAGAGACUAGCUGAGCUCGGAUUCAGUUAUGGAGACAUGCCUGCCCAUAAUGUACUAUGGCGCGAGUGUGCGAAAUCUUCAGAUGACGUUGUUGCUCGUUUGGCUGUGAUCCCACUAGUUCAGGAGGCUAGAGGACUUGAUGCGGGGCCUAGACUCGUGCAAAAGCUUAUCGGGUUUGGAGAUAAAAGAACAUCAAAUGUUGUGGCUAAGAUUGCUGAAGAAGAGGUCGCACAUGUAGCAGUUGGUGUGUACUGGUUUGUUUCGGUCUGCCAGCAAAUGGGUCGGGCCCCUUGUCCUACAUUUAGAGAUUUACUAAAAGAGUACAACGUGGAGGUGAAAGGGCCAUUCAAUUACACUGCUCGUGAAGAAGCCGGACUUCCGCAGGAAUGGUAUGAUCCAUUAAAAGAAGGGAUUAAAGACGAAGGCCCACUUUCUAAGGUUCAUGAUAGGUUGGCUCACAUAAUAUCCAUGGAGAAAGAGAACUCGAGUUUGAGCUGAGAAGAGUUAUUGUUUUAUGCCAAAGUUGUAUCGAUUGUAUACUGAAAGAAUGUAGUUGGUUGAGGUUGAAGCAAAGCAAAAUGGUCGCGCAAAUGAGGGAGUGAUUGGACUUGGCAUAACUAGGUCAAAUAAUCAAUUUUGGAUACUAGGCAUAACAAAUUAUCGUCUAAAGGGUAAAAUAUCAUUACGGUUUCUAACUUGAGUAGCUUACAAGUUAAUACAAUUAUGAAGCCUCCAUAUUAUGUCGUUUUGCAUAGCUUUUGGUACAUUUUAGACUUAAGAUUCUCAUGUU